UGGGCCAGUUGUGCUGGUCACUCCCGCAGAGACGAUGGCCUUUUUUGUCAAGAGCUCUCUUGUCUUCGCACAGGACACUCUCCCGCAUUCACAGUCGUGAAAGUGACGCACAAAAGAGAAGAGAGAUGGAUUUUAAAAGGCGGCAUUAUUCCCCGGAUGGGUGGUGACCGUAGGCGCCCCUGAGUGGAUCGUUGUGGAAAAGUAGGAGAAGGAGACGAACACGCGGAUGAGUCGCGGGAUUUUCUAACCAUCUCGUCACCCAACCACCCACGGUUACCCCAGCCCCUCUCUCCCAAAUUUUUACGCACCAACUUGCGAAACUAGUUCGGGGUCCGGUACCUGUUACGGUGACGUUCAAGUCAUGCGGCGUCUCAGACUCGGCGGUCAACUUUAAAGAAGAACACACUUCUGGAUCUCCGUCUGUCUAAAGGAUGCCCGUUGAUAACUUGACAAACAUGGAGGAAAAAUUGUGGAUAUUGGAAGACCUGAAUAUGAUGUACAUACGGCAGAUUGCGCUCAGCUUGCAGGACAGCGACAUCCAGAAAAAAAUCGACCAUGAGAUCCGGAUGCGCGACGGGGCCUGCAAGCUCCUGGCUGCCUGCUCCCAGCGAGAUCAGGCCUUGGAGGCGGCCAAGAGCCUGCAGACGUGCAGCACCCGCAUAAUGGCUUACAUGUCCGAGCUGCAGAAGAUGAAGCAGGCGCAGGUCAUGCAGAAGGUGACGCGGAGGUCAUCGGACGCGGGGCCCAUGGAUGACAGGCUGCCGUGCAAAGGGAAAGUGGCCAUAUCAGAUCUACGUAUACCUCUCAUGUGGAAAGACACGGAGUACUUCAAGAACAAAGGAGAGCUCCAUCGCUGUGCGGUGUUUUGCCUCCUGCAGUUAGGAGGAGAGAUCUUUGACACGGACAUGGUGACAGUAGACCGGACGCUCACGGACAUUUGCUUCGACAACACCAUUGUAUUCAGCGAAGCCGAUCCCGCUUUCGAGCUGCGUGUUGAGCUGUACAGCUGCUGCUCAGAGGAGGACUUCACGGCGGGGAGUACGCCACGGAAGCUAGCCAGCAAGCUGAGCUCCUCCUUGGGCCGCUCGGCUGGGAAGAAGCUGCGGGCCGCCAUGGAGCCCGGUCCGUGCAGCCCGGUCACCAAUGGAGGGGCGUGUCCGCUUCUGCUGCCCGUUCCUUCUGUACCGGGCCCAAAGUACCACCUGCUCGCUCACACCACCCUGUCGCUGUCACACGCCCAGGACAAUUUUCGCACACACGACCUCACCAUUUCAGGCAACGAAGAAUGCUCCUACUGGCUGCCUCUCUACGGAAGUGUGUGUUGCCGGCUUGCAGCCCAGCCUCAGUGUAUGACCCAGCAGAUGAUGAGCGGACCUUUGAAAGUGUCGCAGCUUGGAGGUGGCCCACACAAUUGGACAAAAGUCUACGCGUUCCUGAAAGGAACGAGCCUCUCCUGCUACCGACGACAAGAAGACAUUCAGGACGGCGUCGACCCGGCGUUCACCAUUGCCAUCAACAAGGAGACCAGAAUACGCGUGUCGGAUAAGGACGCCCAGGGCAAAGCUCAGAACGUUUCCAUCAGUAACCGGUACGGCGGCGAAGACGUCACGCACACGCUGACCACAGACAGUCGAGAGGAGACACAUAGGUGGAUGGAAGCCUUCUGGCAACACUUUUAUGACAUGAGCACGUGGAAGCAGUGCUGUGACGACUUGAUGAAAAUUGAACAGCCGUCACCACGGAAACCGACUCCCCUCACACUGAAGCAAGGCUCCCUUUACCAUGAAAUGGUUAUUGAGUCAUCAGAUGAGUUCGGCAGCAGCGUGUCGGACAUGUUGGCUCGAAGGAUGCGUGAGUUGGAGCUGCGCAGCCAGCUGGGCGUGUCUCCAACCUGGAUGUCCCUCUUUGAGGAGAACCACCCCAAAAGCGCCGGCCCCCCUCGUCCGUGUACCUCUCGCCUGCCCGGCCAGGGCCCCCUCGACCCCCGACGCCUCUCCCGCAGCCCCGCCAGCUCCCCGCGGGGUCUCCUGUCCUCUGACGCCAGCCUGACGUCAGACAGUGACAGCCACUGCAGUACCAGCCCCUGCUCCCGCCACCAUGGCUGGCCCGAGCCCGUCCCCGGCUUCUCCCUGCCGUCCCCCUCCCGUCCAAGGCCGCGUACCCUCUCGCUGGACGCCAAGCUCAGCACGCUGCGGGGGAGGGUCUACGGGGCAGGAGGCGCCUUCCACUGCCAGCCUGCCUCUUCGUCGCGCUCGCCACUCUCCCAGCGAAGCACGCAGACCGCCUUGUCCUGCUCCAGCUCCACCUCCACCUCCAGCAGCAGCUCCAGCAACAGCGAAGGCUGCGGACACAGCCCGGAGUCAUCCGAGUGCGCCGCCUUCUCGCGGCCCUCACCGGCCAGACGCAGCCUCAGGAACCUCAGGGCCAGACUCGACCCACGGAACUGGCUCCAAAGUCAGGUGUGACGGCAAUCCGAGGAGGCUGCCGACAAUCAACGGGGACUACUCAGCCCACUUGGGAGACGUUUUGGGUCGUGCUGCUUGGGAGCACCUGCCUACCUUGACUCAUUUCAAACUGGAAGCUACUUUUGACUCCUUUCCUUGAACCAUUUUCCCACCAUGAUACAAUUAUCAUGUCAUCUCUGUUCAUUCACUUGCAGUUUUGUUGAGACUAAGUCAACUGUUUUUAUAACAAAGGUGUCCAGUAUGUAUGCUAUCAAUGCAAGUGAGCAUGUGAUGGAAUACAUCCUAAGCUGGGGUUUCCUAACUACCCUCCAGGGGCCAUUUGCAGCCCAACUUGUAUUUUGACAAAACGUCUGCAGAAAGUGAACCAUUUUUCCAAAAAAUUGUAUAUUGGCAGCCCACAUUAAAGGUUACUGUCAAUUCAACAAAAACAGAUUUAUGUGUAACAGCCAUAUAGCUUUGGUCUAAUAAAGUUAGUUUUCCUUAAUGCUAACAAACAAUGCCAGAGGUUGACGACAGGCUAACAUGAUAAAUAAGUUACUGUAGCUAAUAGCGGCAAUCACGAUUGCAUGCAUCACCCUGCCCCAUGGCAAGGUCACCUUAGUACGUUUUGCUCAUGUUCUGGUUCAGACUGGAAAAUACCACUGCUCGGUACAGGGCCAUAUAUAUAUAUAUAUAUAUAUAUAUAUAUAUAUAUAUAUAAUUGCUAGACUUGCGUAGUUGUUUUUUCACCAUGUCCAAAUGUCCAAAUGGCGCUUACAUCCGUCGAUGUUUCUGUAUAUGGCCCUUGGAAGAAAAAGUUUGGACACCCCAGGGUUGCUAUUUCUUGCCAAUACUGUGAUACUGUAUGUAACUAUUUAAUAAUAUUCACACAAAAAAAGGAUGAUCUGCUGUCACUCCAGUCCACUCCACUUGGUUGUAUUGUUGAUGUUUUUUUUUUUUUUUUAUCCUGCAUGAUUUGACUGACAUUUCAACUACAACAGAUGAUUUGAUUAUCUAUCUAUAUAGAUUAAAAAAAAGUUCCGUCGAACUCGUCAAGUGGUUUUGAUUGCUUGAAGGGGUUCAAAUGAUUUAAUCUGGUUAUUAUUGGAUUUCGUGUGAAGGAGCAUUAGGGCCACACUGAAAGGAAGAAGAUAGUUGAUUUACAAGUGUCAUACAUUUGCAUAAUGAAGUUCAGAAUUUCUGUUUUCAUGCACAAUAAAUGUGACAGCUUCUCUCGCUGUCCUACUGUAAAUAAAUCAGGUGGUAUGAUGAAAGAUCCAAUGAGAUGUCAUUCCACAAUUAUACAAAUUGGUAUUUGUUUAUGAUUUGUUGAUAGAUAACAUUAUGACAUUGUUCUCAUAGAAUUAACUUUGUUCUGAAUUCUGAAUUGUGACAGGAAUUUCUGCAAAUAUAUAAUUUACAAUACUGCCAUCUCAUAAAAUGGACUUAAUCCUCUCCUAUUUUUGUCAUAACUUUAACCUCAACAUCUUUUAAGAUUUUUUCAAUUUAUUUUCGGUGUGGCUCUAAUACUUAGUAAUUACAAUGUUACAACACCACUGUUAAACAGUUCCAGGGGAAAAAAAAAAAGAAUUUUAACAAUUUUCAGUGUAAAAUCCAAAAUGUACAAUAGACUGGUUGCGAUAGUGUAAACAUUCUAAGACUAAUAUAUUUUGUUAUAAUUUAAAUUGUACUUUUUUUAUAGGUUACAUUUUUGUUGGGGGGGGUUCAUUUUGAAAUGAUUUUUCAUGCUUUUUUUAAACCAUAUCAAACAAAUUGCAGUAUUUAACAGGGCUGUUUCCUUUCUUCUCUGACUGCAUCCUUUUGAUAUAUUUGGUUCAAUUGGUCAAAAAAAUGUGAACUGAGUAAAAAGCUGUGCUUAAAUUAUUAAUAACAAAUGUAAAUCUAUGUAUUUGGUAUUAGGAUGCAGUGUUUAAUGAUGAUGUGUAAGUGGUUGCCCUUUCGGGUUUUUUUAUUUUUCAAUCCAAAAGCAGAUUGAGCAUUCACAACAACGGUGGACGUCCAUUUUUACAAUUGUCAAAUGCUUCUGAGUGGCAUUUGUUACUGUACUUACAUUUUCUUAAGUGAACAAAUCUGUGCUUUUGUUCCAUUAUUGUGGAGGAUUUGCAGCUAAUACAGUACUGACAUAUUGUACAUAAUCCGUCAUGAUCACAGCUCGAACCGACUGCUACGUUACAAAAGUUCUUUGUGUUCUGCAUGUAAACCAUCCCAGAAGACAUGACAAAUGUGCGAAAUAUAAAAUUAAUAAUAAUAAAUGUUUUAGUGAUUUAA